GUUUUCUACUUACAAAGGACAAUGACUACUGAUGAGAGCACCAGUAACAAUGGAGAAAACCCAGCAGCCACCGUGGUUGAGCAGGGAGAAGAUAUCACUACGAAAAAAGAUAGAGGAGUAUUAAAGAUUGUCAAAAGAGUGGGGACUAGUGAGGAGACCCCAAUGAUUGGUGACAAGGUUUAUGUCCACUACAAAGGCAAGUUGUCGAAUGGAAAGAAGUUUGAUUCCAGUCGUGACAGAAAUGAGCCGUUUGUCUUUAGCCUUGGCAAAGGCCAGGUUAUCAAAGCCUGGGAUAUUGGGGUGUCUACCAUGAAGAAAGGCGAGAUCUGCCAUUUAUUAUGUAAACCAGAAUACGCUUACGGCUCUGCUGGCAGCCUCCCGAAAAUUCCCUCGAACGCAACUCUCUUUUUCGAGAUUGAACUCCUUGACUUCAAAGGCGAGGAUCUGUUUGAAGAUUCAGGCAUUAUCCGGAGAAUCAAACGAAAAGGAGAGGGCUACUCAAACCCCAAUGAAGGAGCCACGGUGGAAGUCCACCUGGAAGGCUGCUGUGCUGGAAGGGUGUUUGACUGCCGGGAUGUGGUGUUCGUCGUUGGCGAAGGAGAAGACCACGACAUUCCAAUUGGGAUCGACAAAGCCCUGGAGAAGAUGCAGAGGGAAGAGCAGUGCAUUUUGUAUCUUGGACCACGAUAUGGUUUUGGAGAAGCGGGGAAGCCUAAAUUUGGCAUCGAACCCAAUGCUGAGCUUAUAUAUGAAGUCACACUGAAGAGCUUCGAAAAGGCCAAAGAAUCCUGGGAGAUGGACACCAAAGAAAAACUGGAGCAGGCUGCCAUUGUCAAAGAAAAGGGAACGGUGUACUUCAAGGGAGGCAAGUACAUGCAGGCCGUGAUUCAGUACGGGAAGAUAGUGUCCUGGCUGGAGAUGGAGUACGGCCUGUCAGAGAAGGAGUCCAAAGCUUCGGAGUCCUUCCUGCUCGCAGCCUUCCUCAACCUGGCCAUGUGCUACCUGAAGCUCAGAGAGUACACCAAAGCUGUCGAGUGCUGCGACAAGGCCCUUGGACUGGACAGUGCCAACGAGAAAGGCUUGUACAGGAGGGGCGAAGCCCAGCUGCUCAUGAACGAGUUCGAGUCGGCCAAAGGGGACUUUGAGAAAGUACUGGAGGUGAACCCUCAGAACAAGGCAGCGAGACAGCAGAUCUCCGUGUGCCAGAGGAAGGCGAAGGAACACAACGAGCGGGACCGCAGGGUGUACGCCAACAUGUUCAAGAAGUUCGCAGAGCAGGAUGCCAAGGAAGAGGCCAGCAAAGCAUUGAGCAAGAAGGCAGUAGAAGGAGCGGCCGGCAAGAAACACGAGAGUCAGACCAUGGGAGAAGGGAAGGCCGAAGGCCACGUAUGACGCCACGACAAGGAGGGAAGAGAGUCCUAAUGAACUCGGCCCUCCUCACUGGGCUCGCCCCCAACUCAGGACUGAACAGUGUUUAGUGUAAGGUUUGUUACAGUCUCUGUGAUUCUGGAAGCCAAUGGCAAGCCAGUAGCUUCCCAACCAACCACAGCUGCUGCCGGGGGUGGGCGGGGACUGACGGGGUGGGUGGGGACUGACGGGGAAACAGCAGAGAAGGCCGCUGGUGUGGAGAGACCAAGCCAGCAGCUCAGUCCUGCUCAUUUCAGUCUGUCACCUUUUGAUGUCCAGCGCAGCAUCCCUUGUGACCCUGGGGCCCAGCUGCUGUGGGUUCUUCACUAUGGUCACUGCAGAAACCGUUGAGAAAAUAAACUCAGUGGAUCUCUGCUUUCCUAUUGGCGGGCAUGGCAGGGAUGUCUGCUUUCCUAUUGGUGGGCAUGGCAGGGCAGCCGAUGAGAUCUCCUGUGGCACUGACUCGCCUGACACAAGCCCACACAAGGGGCGCCCAGGUCCACAGCUGAAUCUCGGACUGCUUACCUGCCCUCCAGGCUCCCCUCUCAGACUUGAGUGUGGCUUUCUGUCCUCUCCAGCAUGUCCAUGGGCUCUGUGGUUCCUCUACACCCUUCACUAGUGACAGCAGGUGGGGCUUUCCUGGUCAGCUUUCUGUUUCGGGUGAGUGGGGAGCAGUCGAAGUGAGCUUAUCUUCCCCCCUGCCCCUCUUAAGAAUGUUAGCUCUCUGUGCUCCGGGCUCCCGCAGCUGCUCGGCUCCUCCCCGUUCUCUGCCCUGCAGUGAAGAGCCUAAGGCUUGCUCUUGUCCUAGGCCUAGAGUGGCCGACUUCCGUCUCCGUCUCCAGCUAAGACUGAUGAGUUACUCUUUAUUACUAUGGUUACCUCCUCGUCAGCGUGUGUACCGCUUUUGAGAAGGAACUUCACACUCCUCUAUCGUGCAAACAUAUUUUUCAAUUUUUACUUUGUAGCUUGGGUUUUGAAGGGCAAACUCUGGGAGGUUUAAAGCAGGCAACUAAUUACUCUUCAGAGUGAGGUACCUGGAGGUCGGACAGGCAGAUACCUCGCUCGUCCUGCACCACAGCUUGUUCUGGUGGGAGCUGUGAGGGUUGCCAGCUUCCUGUGUACUACAUCAAGCCAAAGUCUCCAGAACUUGGGCAUUGAAUUAGGACAAAUCUUAAGUAGUUUUGGAGUUGGAUUUUAGUCCUACAGGUGAGUUAUGGGUUUGAGCAGGGCUUGCUCCUGACCCCCGUGGGGCACACCCACCAGCCCAAGGAUCCAUGCACAGCUCUCUCCCGGCCCUGAGGACUACCGCACUCAAGAAGUGUGGCUGUAGUAAGUCUGUCAGUCAUCACGUCAGGACCUUACCACCAACAGGUCACUUGUUUCCCGGAGUUGAGUUUUAGUCUGCGUGCAGCAGGUGGGAUAGAGCUGUGCAGAGUCUGUGACGUGGCCGAGACCUUCGAGUUCACACUUCGCACUUCUGCCUCCUUGCGUUGUUUUAGAGCCCUGGUCUCCCCCAGGAGGUACUGAGCAGGAGCCGGCUUGGUGUGCAGUGUACAGUGUCUGCAGUUGUAUUGACCAGAAUUGCAGGCCAGGGAGGCUGUGCUGGAAUUUGAGCCUAACCAGUUAGGUUUUUACAGAAAACUUGUUCUAACUUGGGCGACCCUCCCCAGCUGUCUCCCAAAUGUGUACUGUGGGCCAAGGACACUGGUGUGGGACGGGAGGAUGGUCAGGGUUCCGAGCCAGAAGUGGCAAAGUGCCCAGCCCACUGGAGUUUACAUGCUCUUGUAUUCAGUCAUUCAGACAGUUAGUACGGAAAUCAGAUGUCUUCACACACCCUGAGCCUGGAUAGAGUGGUGGGUAAGCAGAUGACAUUGAAAUUCUGGUUCUUAAAAAAUCACUUAGACUCUGCGAGUAAUGGCGACACACACCUUUGAUCCCAUGACUUGGGAGACCCUAUCUCAAAACAAAACAAAAAAAGAAAGAUUAUUUAGAUGCAUUUUGUGUUCCUUAAAUAAAUUUUUUAAAAAGU